AUGGCCGACUCCGUCAAAGAUCCCGCCAACAAGCCUGGUGCCCAAAAGCCCAAGCAAAAGCCCAAACCCAAAGUCGCAGACUCAUGGGAAGACGCAUCGGUCUCCUCAUCAGAAGACGAAGAGGAUACCUACGCGGCAGACACCACGUCGCUCCCUCCGCAAACCCGCGCAGCUCAUAAUGACGCUCCCCCGCUGGCGCCCUCGUCCAUCCGUUCCCAAUGGUCUCCCGCUUCAGCUCCCCAGGGAACAGGGAGUCCCCGCAGCCGCCCCGAAAAGCAAACCGCCGUCGCUAGUCGGAUAAUAAGCAACGCGCUAGGCGUGCGCACACAGCGAACGGAAGAGCAGAAAGCGUAUGACCGCGCCGUGUUGGAGAGUGAGAGGAGGAAGCGCGAGCGGGAGCGGGAAGCUGCGAGGCAGACGCGCGAGGCGGAGGAGAAGGCCAAACAAGCGGUCUGGGAGUCCUAA